UCAAGAUCCUUAUUAAUUAGUUUAGUUAGGGUUUCUUCAAAACUUUCGCGAUGAGGCGCCUCCUGAUGGUCUACCUCGACGAAAAAACAAGAGAAAUCCGUGACAAGAGUAUAAUUGUGGAUUUGGUCGAAGGCAUAAUCUUUUACACUGUGUUUUUUGGAUCGUUGGCACUUAUUCGUGCAUAUCCUGAAAGAAUGCUUCCACCUAUGUUAACAUACUACCGCCUAUCAAGAAUGUUUGUGUUGCUCAUUCUCGAUUUCAUUGGCCGGAAGUUCAGAAUGAUCAUCUUCAUAAUAUGUAGAAGAAGAAGAAGAAUGAUCAUCUCGAAAGUAGAGGACAGCAGCCCCUGGUCCAAUAAACUCGCGGGAGAUGUUAUGCAACUGAUUCUACGACGACUGGGCUUAUCAGACUACGUUCGAUGUGCUGCAGUAUGCCGUUCAUGGCAAGCAAUUAUUAAAAGCAAUAUUCAGUCACGCCGUCCCCUUGCUCAGGAUCAAGUUCCAUGGCUUAUGUUAAACUCUCAUCCCAUGUCCACUAGAGAUCAUCGCGUUUUAAGUCCAGGUGAUUGGAAAGAUCAUAAAUUUCUACGAUCAUGGCCAAAUACAAUUUUUUAUUGUACAAUGAAUAGGAUGGAUUGUGUUGGCUCAAUAGAGGGAUGGUUGAUCAUGGUCGACAGUGCGUUGAGGCGUCCAGAGGGUUUUAUGAAACCUUGGUCAUUCUACCUAAAAAAUUGUCAGAACCCUAAUUUUAAAAUAGAAUUCUUCUUCUUCAAUCCAAUAUCUGGUGAUCGAGUGAUGCUCCCCUCGUCGCAGUCCACCCUUCCAUGCCGCUGCAUCAAUGGUCCUGACUUCUCCGUUUCUAAAAUUAUUGCCUCUUCUGAACCAAAAACAAUCAGUCAGGAGCCAUGUUUUGUGGUUUGUCUUUGCAAACAGGGUCAUCUGACUUAUUGUAGGCCAAGGGAUCAAUCAUGGAGCUCGAUUGAUGAGGAAAUACCCUUUGUUAAUGGUAUAGUCAUACUGGGCGGUAAAGUUAUAUGCUACAACGUCCUUAGAGUCCAAGUUUUUAAUGGUAUUUGA